GUGGGGUGAAAAUAAAGAAAAAGGAAAAGGGUUUUCCUUGGAACGUCUGAUCACAAUUCACACCACUGCAAAUUAACAAAAUAAUUAAUAAAUUGAGGUGGGAUGUCUCCUGGGAGGUGAAUAGUUAAAUGGGAUUGUUGUUUUGCUUGACCUUUAUACUCCGUUUGGUGGUUUUUGCCGGGCCAGACAACCUACCAGUUGUUGCGGCUCUUUGAAGAGAGAGAAAUUCUUUUUAUACACACUCAAAAACUCAAAACUCAAAACUCCAAAACCUCAAGAGAUGGCCACUGCUAUGGAAAUGGGAUCUCAGUCUCGCCUGCCCAGCUGAUUCACUAACACCAUUUCCAUUACUUACAACCGAUUCAGUCACUCACCUUUCUGUCUCUUCCCCUUCAGGAAACCGAGAGUUUGUCUUUUAAUAGUUGCCCCGCCUUCACAGUUCCUUUUGGUACAGUUGAAAUUCUUAGAACCAAUUGAUGGGUUCCAGAUUCCCAUCUCAUCAACUUAGCAAUGGCCUCUUUGUCUCGGGGAGGCCAGAGCAGCACAAAGAAAAGACUCCUACAAUGAGUUCAGUAGCAAUGCCAUACACCGGUGGCGAUAUUAAGAAGUCUGGAGAGCUAGGGAAAAUGUUCGAUAUUCCUAUGGAGGGCUCUAAGUCAAGGAAGUCUGGGCCUCUCAAUGUUGCUCCUUCAAGGACUGGAUCUUUUGGAGGCGCUGCAACUCAUUCAGGACCGAUCAUGCCAAAUGCAGCCCCCCGGGCGGGUUAUACCACCUCUGGUCCUAUUGCUUCUGGCAUGAUAUCUAAUUCAACCUCAUUCAAGAAGUCCACUUCUGGGCCACUAAACAAGCAUGGAGAGCCUGUAAAGAAAGUAUCUGGCCCUCAAUCUGGUGGAGUGACGCGCCAAAAUUCUGGACCUAUUCCUCCAGUUCUUCCUGCUACUGGACUUAUUACAUCCGGUCCCAUUUCUUCUGGUCCAUUAAACUCAUCUGGGGCCCCUAAAAAAACCUCUGGUCCUUUGGAACAAAUGGGUUCAAUCAAAAUAAAUGGCCCUUCAAUAGCACAAAAUCCAGCUGUGACUACCCUUAGCCCAGAUGAUGAAUAUUCUUUUGGAAAGAGCUUCCCAAAAUUAAUAUUGUGGUCUGUGAUUCUCAUAUUUGUGAUGGGGCUCAUUGCUGGUAGUUUUAUUCUUGCAGCAGUUCACAAUCCCGUUCUUCUCAUUGUUAUAGUUCUACUAUUUGGAGUAGUUGCUGCAUUAUUUACCUGGAACACCUGUUACGGAAAGAGAGCUCUUAUUGGUUUCAUUUCUCAAUAUCCCGAUGCUGAACUCAGAACUGCAAAAAAUGGGCAAUAUGUCAAAGUUUCUGGGGUGGUUACAUGUGGUAAUGUGCCUCUUGAGUCGUCCUUCCGUAAAGUUCCUAGAUGUGUCUAUACAUCUACAAGUCUUUAUGAGUAUCGAGGGUGGGGUUCAAAACCAGCAAAUCCUGGACACCGCCGAUUCACAUGGGGACUAAGAUCAUCGGAGAGACACGUGGUCGACUUUUACAUCUCUGAUUUCCAAUCUGGAUUGAGAGCAUUGGUUAAGACGGGUUAUGGUGCUAGAGUGACCCCAUAUGUUGAUGACUCUUUUGUUGUUGAUGUCAAUCCGUCAAACAAAGACUUAUCUCCAGAGUUUGUCCGAUGGCUUGGAAGGAGAAAUCUUUCAAGUGAUGAUCGUGUAAUGCGAUUGCACGAAGGGUACAUAAAGGAGGGUAGCACGGUUAGUGUGAUGGGAGUCGUUCAGAGAAACGACAACGUGCUUAUGAUCGUCCCCCCGCCAGAACCGUUAACCACAGGAUGCCAGUGGGCGAAAUUCAUUUUCCCAGCUAGUCUUGACGGUAUCGUCCUCAGAUGCGAGGACUCGUCAAAAAUCGACGUCAUUCCGGUGUAGUCAUAUGUGCAUAAGAAACUUGUUGAGGUAUUACGGUUUUUUGAAUGAUAUUUUGUUGCACUGGAAACGUGCAAGUAUUGGUGGUGGUGGUGCAUCCACUGAACAACCAAAGAAGACAUAAGCCAUUUUUUCUGCUCCCCCACUUUCUCUUCUCUUGGCUUGAUGUAUAGUUUGUAUUCAUAUUCCCUUUAUAUCUUUCUAGAGCUUGAAAUUACAUUGUUGGGUUUGUACUUUGUUUCCUUAUGAAGAAGAUAAACCUUAAAUCUUGACCUGACUGGGUAGUUAAGUAUUAUUAUAUAAAGAAGUAUAUGCAAGUAUUUUUUGUG